GACGUCGCCGGGGCCCGGCGUCGCGUCAGGGCUGGCCGGCGGCGGAGGCGGCAGCGGCGGCGGCGAUGGCAGCGGACCCUGAGCGAGCUUGAGGGCUCGGACCCAGCUCCCUCCCGCGAAACCUUGGGCCGAUCCGGCGCUGCGGCCCCAGCUCGCUCCGCUCCUGCUCCCUCCCUGGCCGCUGCCUGGGCGGAGGCAGAGGCAGAGGCCCGGGCUGGCCGCCCUGCUCGUGCCCCAGCUCGGCCCCGGACGGCCCGGCUGCUGUGCAGAGAGGAGGCCGAGUCGGUAGUGAAAAGAGAAUACUGAAGAAUAGGAUCUCAAGAUGAGUAAAAAGCCCCCAAAUCGCCCUGGAAUCACUUUUGAGAUUGGUGCUCGUUUGGAGGCACUGGACUACUUACAAAAAUGGUAUCCAUCACGAAUUGAAAAAAUUGACUAUGAGGAGGGCAAGAUGUUGGUCCAUUUUGAGCGCUGGAGUCAUCGUUAUGAUGAGUGGAUUUACUGGGAUAGCAAUAGAUUGCGACCCCUUGAGAGACCAGCACUAAGAAAAGAAGGGCUAAAAGAUGAGGAAGAUUUCUUUGAUUUUAAAGCUGGAGAAGAAGUUCUGGCUCGUUGGACAGACUGUCGCUAUUACCCUGCCAAGAUUGAAGCAAUUAACAAAGAAGGAACAUUUACAGUUCAGUUUUAUGAUGGAGUAAUUCGUUGUUUAAAAAGAAUGCACAUUAAAGCCAUGCCCGAGGAUGCUAAGGGGCAGUUUCUGUUCCAGGUGAAAUCCCAGCAUCCACUAAGCUGGUGUUGUCCUAUCGACCCAGCUGGAUCGUGUAACCAGUCUAUGGGAAGUGAGGAUUGGAUAGCUUUAGUCAAAGCAGCUGCUGCAGCUGCAGCCAAGAACAAAACAGGGAGUAAACCUCGAACCAGCGCUAACAGCAAUAAAGAUAAGGAUAAAGAUGAGAGAAAGUGGUUUAAAGUACCUUCAAAGAAGGAGGAAACUUCAACUUGUAUAGCCACACCAGACGUAGAGAAGAAGGAAGAUCUGCCUACAUCUAGUGAAACAUUUGUAGGACUUCAUGUAGAGAACGUUCCAAAGAUGGUCUUUCCACAGCCAGAGAGCACAUUAUCAAACAAGAGGAAAAAUAAUCAAGGCAACUCGUUUCAGGCAAAGAGAGCUCGACUUAACAAGAUUACUGGUUUGUUGGCAUCCAAAGCUGUUGGGGUGGAUGGUGCUGAAAAAAAGGAAGACUACAAUGAAACAGCUCCAAUGCUGGAGCAGGCGAUUUCACCUAAACCUCAAAGUCAGAAAAAAAAUGAAGCUGACAUUAGCAGUUCUGCCAACACUCAGAAACCUGCACUGUUAUCCUCAACUUUGUCUUCAGGGAAGGCUCGCAGCAAGAAAUGCAAACAUGAAUCUGGAGAUUCUUCUGGGUGUAUAAAACCCCCUAAAUCACCACUUUCCCCAGAAUUAAUACAAGUCGAGGAUUUGACGCUUGUAUCUCAGCUUUCUUCUUCAGUGAUAAAUAAAACUAGUCCUCCACAGCCUGUGAAUCCCCCUAGACCUUUCAAGCAUAGUGAGCGGAGAAGAAGAUCUCAGCGUUUAGCCACCUUACCCAUGCCUGAUGAUUCUGUAGAAAAGGUUUCUUCUCCCUCUCCAGCCACUGAUGGGAAAGUAUUCUCCAUCAGUUCUCAAAAUCAGCAAGAAUCUUCAGUACCAGAGGUGCCUGAUGUUGCACAUUUGCCACUUGAGAAGCUGGGACCCUGUCUCCCUCUUGACUUAAGUCGUGGUUCAGAAGUUACAGCACCGGUAGCCUCAGAUUCCUCUUACCAUAAUGAAUGUCCCAGGGCAGAAAAAGAGGAUACACAGAUGCUUCCAAAUCCUUCUUCCAAAGCAAUAGCUGAUGGAAGAGGAGCUCCAGCAGCAGCAGGAAUAUCGAAAACAGAAAAAAAAGUGAAAUUGGAAGACAAAAGCUCAACAGCAUUUGGUAAGAGAAAAGAAAAAGAUAAGGAAAGAAGAGAGAAGAGAGACAAAGAUCACUACAAACCAAAACAGAAGAAGAAGAAAAAAAAGAAAAAGAAAUCUAAGCAACAUGACUAUUCAGACUAUGAAGACAGUUCCCUCGAAUUUUUGGAAAGGUGCUCUUCUCCACUAACUCGAUCUUCUGGGAGUUCUCUGGCUUCACGAAGCAUGUUUACGGAGAAAUCUACAACCUAUCAGUACCCAAGGGCAAUUCUAUCCGUUGAUCUUAGUGGUGAAAACUUAUCAGAUGUAGACUUCCUAGAUGAUUCUUCAACGGAGAGUUUGCUUCUGAGUGGGGAUGAAUACAAUCAGGACUUUGAUUCAACCAAUUUUGAGGAAUCUCAGGAUGAGGAUGAUGCUCUUAAUGAAAUUGUGCGAUGUAUUUGUGAGAUGGAUGAGGAGAAUGGCUUCAUGAUCCAGUGUGAAGAGUGCUUGUGUUGGCAACACAGCGUGUGCAUGGGGCUGCUGGAGGAGAGCAUUCCAGAGCAGUACAUCUGCUAUAUCUGCCGGGACCCACCAGGUCAGAGGUGGAGUGCAAAAUAUCGUUAUGAUAAGGAGUGGUUGAAUAAUGGGAGAAUGUGCGGGUUAUCAUUUUUCAAAGAAAAUUAUUCUCAUCUCAAUGCCAAAAAGAUAGUUUCUACACAUCACCUGCUUGCUGAUGUCUAUGGUGUUACAGAAGUGCUACACGGGCUACAGCUGAAGAUUGGAAUACUAAAGAAUAAACAUCAUCCUGACCUUCAUCUCUGGGCUUGUUCCGGGAAGCGAAAAGACCAAGAUCAAAUAAUAGCUGGGGUGGAGAAAAAAAUAGCUCAAGACACAGUUAAUCGAGAAGAAAAGAAAUAUGUACAGAACCAUAAAGAACCACCUCGUUUGCCCCUAAAAAUGGAAGGAACUUAUAUAACAAGUGAGCAUAGCUAUCAAAAGCCACAAAGUUUUGGUCAGGACUGUAAAUCUCUCGCAGACCCUGGGAGCUCAGAUGAUGAUGAUGUUAGUAGUUUGGAAGAAGAACAAGAAUUCCACAUGAGAAGUAAAAACAGUUUACAGUACUCAGCAAAAGAACACGGAAUGCCUGAAAAGAAGAAUCCAGCUGAAGGGAAUACAGUAUUUGUUUAUAAUGAUAAAAAGGGCACUGAAGACCCAGGAGACUCACAUCUUCAGUGGCAGCUCAAUCUCCUUACACACAUAGAAAAUGUGCAGAACGAAGUUACCAGCAGGAUGGACCUAAUAGAAAAAGAAGUCGAUGUUCUGGAAAGCUGGCUUGAUUUCACAGGGGAGUUGGAGCCACCAGAUCCUCUUGCAAGAUUGCCCCAACUUAAACGCCACAUAAAACAGCUCCUAAUUGACAUGGGCAAAGUACAGCAGAUAGCAACUCUUUGCUCUGUAUGACAACAGUGAACACUUAAUGAAAGAAUGUGGCUUUCUUCAGUCAAAGCAUUUUUAUUAUCCACGUGAUGGCUAAGUGGAUAAUUUAAAAGCUUAGUAAUGUCUGGUCAUUCACUGAUUUGUGAUGUCAAUAGGAUGGCACCUUGGAAAGAAAAAUGAAGAACAACUUUAUCAAGGAAGCUAGUAUUUAAAAACAAAUUCAUGAGCAAGCUGCAAAUGAGAAUGUGUUAUAUGCCAAGGAACAAUGAAGUAGAAUAUAAUGUAUACUAAGGGAUUUCAAGUUCGCAGAAUUUUUGAAUAGUUGCUUACGUGAAGCUCAAGAUACCUGUAGAAAGAAAUAUGGUAUAUUUAUAUAGUUUUUAAUAGAAAGAUCUAUGUUUAUAAACCAGCACUUGGCCAAAAACAAAAUUGUAAAGGAAAUUUAAAUUCUGGAGAAUUCUACAGGGUUGCUAUAAGAACUGUCUUCUCAGCAGUUGAUCCAGCUGUACGGAAAUUUAGGGUAUUUAAACUUUUAAAGGAUCAUGAGCUGUUUCUUGGGCGAUGAAUGUUCUUAAUCAGAAAACUGACAGUAGAAAUCUCACUUCUGGGGAAAACAGUUGUGGAAUUCUUACUUCAUUAUGAAUGUAUUUAAAAAACAAACACCAAAUAAUUGGAAUAUAUUGCAGGCACUAAGCUCAUUAAAAACAAACUGGCUUGCAGAAGGGUCCGAUGUGCCAAGUGAUGAUGAUUCUGCUGGAAAGAGGAUUUUAAAUAUUGUGGGAGUUCUCCCACCCUAAGUCUUACAUAAUGCCACCUGUCCAUCCAAAACCUAUAUAUCACCUAUACUAUAUAUAUCAUAUAUAUAGUUGAAUGGCAGUAUUCAGGCUCAACGUACAGUUUGAUCCUGAGUAUGCUUGGUGUUUGCCUUCAGAAAAAAAAAAAAUACAUUGUAAAUAACCUCAGCUGGGAUGAGGAGUGACAGAAUAUCAAAAUAAUUUGUGGCUGUGGAUUUUUUUAACUGCUAGUAGUGGAAUACUGGAAAAGCUUCAUUUCUGAAGAUGAAUUUUAUUUUUAAAAAAUACAUGCACACUCAAAACUUUUAGCUUUGAUCACAAAUGGACAAAUUUCUGAAACCAAAGGCAACUAAGUUGCUGUGUUAGCUCUUGCUGGAUUUUGAGCCUAGGUCCUACUGUCUGCCAGUACUCAUGUGAGUUGUAUGCGCCCCCAGUGCUACAUACGCAGGUAUGCGUAAGUGUGUAUGCUUGUUUUAAACAAACACUCAACGUACAUAUGUACAUAAUCUACACAUAUUUAUAUCACAUAUCUAGUUUUAUUACUAUAGACUAUACGAAUUGGUGGUUAACAUGAAAUGUUACCUUUUAACAGACUGUUUUUAAAAAUUAAAAAUGUAUGUAUAGGUUUUGAAAUUUUUUUAAAAGGGGAAAAAGACUGUUAAGAGGAGGCUAUUUGAUGACAUAACACUUGAAUAUUUUAUGCCUCAUUCUGUUUAUCAGUUCUCGCGAUCUGUAUAAAUGCAUUUUAGAACUGAUAGACAGUAAACUUGAAUUUAUCUUUGAUAAGAAUACAUGCCACUGUACAUUCAGAUAUUAUUUAAAUUUGCAAACACAUUGUUCUAUAUGUAAGGGUACUGUAUGUAAAACUCUUUAUUAAAACUAUUCCACAUAUCCUAAAA